AUGGUCUAUUGCUGUGGUCAGGGGAUGGAGGGAAGUAGGAGCCAACAGGAGGCUGGCUGUUCCUUUGUCCUAAGCGCUGGUGCUGGUGCCACGGCUCUUGCCAUGAAACCUGCCGCCUCCACAAAAAGAAGGGAAGGAAGGCGCCUAGGUUUUCAAUCAAAGCACUACAGGCACUCCAUACAGCACAGCCUUGCUCUCUCAUUCAAUCAGAGGUACCUGCAGACUUGCACGAUGUGGCUCUGCUAA